AUGCUAAUCGCCCGGGCCGGAAGCCCAAGGAGAAGCCACUGGUUGGACUCGGGCGAGAAGGGCCAAUGCAAAUCACGCCGGUUGACGCCGUUACAAACUCUCAAAGUUCUUCGCUUCGGGAAGCCGGUCACCGCCACCAUAAGGGAACUCCAUCCGAGACUCGAGGCCGUAUGCCCUGAGGGCAAGAACCGGCUGUCGAUCCAAGAAAUAAUCGGAUUUGCAUAUUUGGGGAGCGCCGAAAUCAGCAUAAGGCCGGAAGGAAAGACAUCGGCUUCAGACGCCCUCCAGAAGCACACCGUAUCCCUUUCCGGGCGCUGUUGUUGCGUGUUCAUGUUUCGUUCGAGUGGAUUCCAUUCAUUCAUCAGCGGCUAA